AUGGAUCCCCAGACCAUCGCAAAACGCGCAACUCCUAAGUCCUUGCGGGAGAGCGCCUCGCUUCGUCUGGCUGGCUUGGGCGAGAGUGGAUGGCUGCUACGGCAUUUGGCGCUUGGCAUCUUUUUGGUGAUGCAUGUGCAGGGACUCCAUGGCUUAGAGCACUACGAGUUGGUAAACAUCGGAGCGCUGCAGAGCAGUUGUGAACUGUCUGGAGCUCCGGAUCCGAAGGCUCCUAGGCUGGGAGAGGUCCUGCGCCCAGUUCACCAGUGGAUCGUGAUUGAAAAUGGGGAUUGUGGAGACAUUUUUAUGUCUGAUUUGCCAGAACCACGAGCCGUCAAGCAUUUGCCCCUGCGGGCCUAUGCCAGAGUCCUUCAAUGGCAGUCCCAGCCUGAGCAAAAAGCGCUUGCCGGUGAUCGGCGCAAUGCUUUCACAACCAAGCACACGUUCGAUGAGGCCUCCAACAUCAUUUUGACCGGUGAGAUGGAGGAUAUCGUGAUGGAGGCUGCUGCUGUACCCUACACGAUUGGCGGCCGCUUCUCGGGAAGGCACUACCCGAAAGGUUGCCUCUUUCGGGGUGCCGCGGAGCUCAAGUUUUGCUUGGCUCCGAAGGGCGCGGCCGCCAAAGCCAUUUGGCAGCAUGUCGCGGAGAACCCCCGUGAUUCCCCGUGGCUGUCGUGGUCAGCCUCGCCACUGGUGGCCUUUUGGUUUGCCGUGGCGCAGGCACAGCCAGGCGACCACCGGGUUAUCACCAUCCUCCCACCCACGAUUCGCAUGUGGCAUUUGAAGGAGGAUUGGGGGUAUGACCAACACGGCUCCUGGUCCAGAUGUGAUUGGAACAUCUGGGCCAGAGCCGAGCGCUUUACCGACUGGGCCCAUGAGUAUUUAACGGGCCCAGUCGAUGAAGCGGUCCUUCGCGGUGCUAUUGCAUUUGAAGUCACCGCGGAGGACGUGCAGUGGGCAUCACAGCAAGCCGCUGCAGAGUCCGUCACGGUGGACACCAUGCUGCAGCACCGCCGACAACGGGAGCUGAAGGAUCGCCUGAAGCGCUCGGAACCCGAAAAAAAACGGUGGCCCGACACCUCUGCUUCUCGGUCACUCUCUUGGGAAGAGCGGCAGGAACAGGUGGACGCUGGUAGCCAUGGUCUGCCGGCAGGUGAUGAUGAGACGGCAACAAAGACGCCAGGAGCUGGCACAGACUCCCGUUAG